AUGAUUGCUUUUUCAGUCAAUCAUAUGUGUGGAAAGACCCUGACUGGGUACGAGCAAUUCUCAUCAUCCGACUUCAUGGAACAGGCGGUGCGCGACGUCGGCGCCGCUCUGACCGAAUGUGGUGAUGACCCUCCGCCUCUAUGUUUGCUCCAAGCUCUGAUUCUAGUGACUCAUGGGCUGUUGAUCAGGGGUGUUCGUGGGAGAGCGUGGAGGCAUCUUGGCCUUUGCAUACGGAUCGCUCUGGAAUUGAAUUUGUAUGCAGUGGACGCAAACAAGGAUCCGAAUGCUUGCUCUACAGAUGUGGAGCAGUGGUGCAAGGAGGAAGAGCAGCGGCGCGCCUACUGGGCUAUAUGGGAGAUGGAUCAAUUCGCAAACCAUCUCAAACAUAUUCCUAUGACCGUGGACUGGACGCAGAACUACGUGCUGCUUCCUGCUGAGGAUGAGAAAUGGUUUCGCGGCCAGCCUCAGCGGAGUUGUUUUCUAGAUUCGGACCUGAUCACACGAUCAAAGACCCUCCAUGCCACGGGAAACAAAUCCGACAGAGCUUGGUAUAUUGUGAUGGCUUCUCUGAACCCCGAAGCGCACGACCUAGCCUACCCCAGCGAGAGAAUCUAUCGGGCUUCGGGACUGGGAAAGGUCGUCUUCGACAACAAAGACGGAGAACCCUCCAAAGAGUGGAUUUGUUCAAUCUUGUUCAACGCAAUCCAGCUCUGUACCAUUCUGCUACCUCCAGAGCUGAAAUUCCAAGGGCAGUACCUCGAGUUUGGCACAAGGACAUUCGGAAAAGGUACCGACUCGGCGAGCCUGCACAGCCAGAGCUCGAUAUACCUGUUGGCGAUGAUGCCGGAGAUCGCGAGGCUGCUUGCUCUCCGUCCGUAUGUAGUUGAAGCGUUUGCGCGAAAGUUUCUCGACACGACGGACAAAGAUGAACGUUGCAAGUCAAUGCGAGAACCCUCCACACGGUCCCAAGGAGCGACACGUGAGGUCACACAAUGUCGCAAUGCUGCCGAGGCCGUUCUGAAUAUUGCCGCGAACUGUCACGAGAAACACUACCAGUACGUCAACCCAUACGUGGCCAGCGCCUCUUGGCUAGCCGCGACCACGAAUCUGCUGCUACAAGAGUUGUCCGAAGACCAGUCGGAGAAAAGUAUGAUACGGGCGAAAUUCGAAGUCUUGAAAGCCACCAACGAUCGAUUCAUCCAGUAUUGGGACAUGUCUACCGUUCCGAAGCAAAAUCUCGACACCUUGGCUAAUAAGCUGAAGCAGUUUACGGCUCACCCUGAGAACGUAGCGAAACGUCGAGACGAAAACAGGUCAGAAUCGGCAUCGGCCGGAACACGACUAGGGUUCAAGUCCCCUCCAAGCGUGGGUCGACCUGCACGUUACACUCGCAAAGACUGUGGCCGACACGGUGGGGAUACGCACACACCAUCGGGCUCUCGCCGUGUAUCCGGUCAGGCACAAGCAGCGGUGGUGGUGGUGGCGGCGGCGGCGGCGUCGUCGUCGGCGUUAUCAUCAUUGUCACCGAGGAACAGGACUAACGUUGGCAUGGACGCGGGUCAGACUCAGGACAAGAAUGUCGCUCUUGAUAGCAGCGCACAUAUGCACGUUCAAGGGGUCGCGGCAGCGAUGGAUGCCGUGCUGUCGCCCGAUCAAGUGUUCGAGCCCACCAUGCAUUCAAAUCUCGAUUCUGACUUCGGUCUGGGAGAUCGCAACGUGAGCUUGCUCUCACACAAUCCGUGCACUAGGGCCCACGGCCUAAUUGCCGGGACAGGUUCAGAGCAAGAUUAUGCCACGACUUCUCACUGGGAGGCACCCGAGCUUGAGCAGUCCCAUAUACAGGGGACCACGAACAGUAAUCCGUCGGACUGGUUUUCGUUCUACCCUGACGCCGAGUUUGGUGGAGAUCUAUUGGAAUAUUUCGAUGUCUUCUCGGGUCCUUUUCUCGGGUAG